AUGUCUCUCUCCAACAAGCUCAACAUUACCGAUGUCGACCUCAAGGGCAAGAGGGUCCUGAUUCGGGUCGACUUCAACGUGCCCCUCGACGAGAACAAAAAGGUCACCAACCCGCAGCGCAUCGUCGGCGCCGUCCCCACCAUCAAGUACGCCCUCGAGCACGGCGCCAAGUCGGUCGUGCUCAUGUCGCACCUGGGCCGCCCCAACGGCGAGGCCAACCCCAAGUACUCGCUCAAGCCCGUCGUCCCCGAGCUCGAGAAGCUGCUCGGCAAGAGCGUCACCUUUGCGCCCGACUGCGUCGGCCCCGAGGUCGAGGCCAUCGUCAACAAGGCUGACGGCGGCGCCGUCGUCCUGCUCGAGAACCUGCGCUUCCACAUCGAGGAGGAGGGCAGCGCCAAGGACAAGGCCGGCAACAAGACCAAGGCCGACAAGGCCAAGGUGGAGGAGUUCCGCAAGGGCCUGACUGCCCUCGGUGACGUCUACAUCAACGAUGCUUUCGGCACCGCCCACCGCGCCCACUCCUCCAUGGUCGGCGUCGACCUCCCCCAAAAGGCCGCCGGCUUCCUCAUGAAGAAGGAGCUCGACUACUUCGCCAAGGCGCUCGAGUCGCCGCAGCGCCCCUUCCUGGCCAUCCUGGGCGGCGCCAAGGUCUCGGACAAGAUCCAGCUCAUCGACAACCUGCUCGACAAGGUCAACACGCUCAUCAUCUGCGGCGGCAUGGCCUUUACCUUCAAGAAGGAGCUCGACGGCAUGGCCAUUGGCAACUCGCUCUUCGACGAGGCCGGCGCCAAGACGGUGCCCGCCCUGAUGAAGAAGGCCAAGGACAAGGGCGUCAAGGUGGUCCUCCCCGUCGACUACAUCACGGCCGACAAGUUCGCCAAGGACGCCAAGACGGGCAAGGCGUCGGACGAGGACGGCAUCCCCGAGGGCUGGAUGGGCCUCGACUGCGGCGACAAGUCGGUCGAGCUGUACAAGGAGGCCAUCGCCGAGGCCAAGACGAUCCUGUGGAACGGCCCCGCCGGCGUCUUCGAGUUCCCCAACUUUGCCCACGGCACAAAGGCCACGCUCGACGCCGUCGUCGACGGCUGCCAGAAGGACGGCAAGAUUGUCAUCAUCGGCGGCGGCGACACCGCCACCGUCGCCGCCAACUACGGCGUCGAGGACAAGCUCAGCCACGUCUCGACGGGCGGCGGCGCCAGCCUCGAGCUGCUCGAGGGCAAGGCCCUGCCCGGCGUGGUCGCCCUGUCGAGUAAGUAA